AAAUUGAAAUAUAGUGAAAGAGAAACGAACGGAACGAAACUCUUAAAAUCUUCACAACUGCACGUGGAUAUAAUAUUUAUCCAUUUAAUUUGUUUUAAAAGCAGUUUUACAGUUAAUAUUGUUGUUUUUUAAAUUUGUGAUUUAUUAAAAUGGCGAAAUUUUGUUUGAAAAAACCAUCAAAACGAAUUGAAGCUCGAAAACGAUAUAAAAUUGAAAAGAAAGUUCGUGAACAUAAUCGAAAGCAAAAAAAAGAGGCAAAAAAACAUCCGAAAAAAAAGCAAAAGUUAAUGCAAAUACCGAAUCAAUGUCCUUUCAAGGAAGAUAUUAUGAAGGAAGUAGAAGCCUUAAAACAACAACGAGAAGAAGAAAAACAAAAGCAACGAGAAUUGGCGAAAGAACAAAAACGUGAAAAACUUGCAAAUGGUGGUUUACAGGGAUUAGUUUCUGAUGCUGAGAAAAAAAGAAUUGAAUUUGAAAAUUUACUUUCUUCAAAUAGCAAAGACAGUAGAGGUCUUGUUUUAAAGGAAGAAAAUUCUUUAAAAGCAUAUUAUAAAGAAUUCAAAAAAGUUUUAGAAUCUGCUGAUGUUAUUCUUGAAGUUGUUGACGCACGAGAUCCAUUGGGAACUAGAUGUAAACAGGUUGAAGAAGCAGUUCGUCAAGCAAAAGGAAAUAAAAGACUGGUGAUAGUUUUAAAUAAAGCCGAUUUAGUGCCAAGAGAAAAUUUAGAUCAAUGGCUAAAAUAUUUGAGAAUAAGUUUACCAGCAGUUGCUUUUAAAUCAUCUACUCAAGAUCAAGCUAAUCGUUUAGGAAGAAGAAAAUUGGGGAAAAAAAAACAAAGUAUGAUACAAAGUGGCACUUGUUUUGGUGCUGAAUUAUUGCUUUCUUUGCUUGGAAAUUAUUGUCGAAAUAGUGGAACAGUUAAACACAGCAUUCAAGUUGGAGUUGUUGGCCUUCCAAAUGUGGGAAAAUCAAGUGUCAUUAAUUCUUUAAAGAGAAAUAAAGCGUGUAAUGUAGGAAAUACGCCAGGAGUAACGAAAUCAAUGCAAGCGGUACAAUUGGACUCGAAAAUUAAACUACUAGACUCACCUGGAAUUGUAUUCAGUGCACCGUCAAAAGAUCAAAAUGAUCAAUCGUCAGUUGCUUUGAAAAAUGCUGUGAAAAUUGAAUCAAUUAAAGAUCCAUUUACGCCAGCUUCUCUUAUUUUAAAGCGAAUUUCCACACCACAACUUAUGGAACUUUAUGAUAUUCAUGAAUUUUCAACUCCUGAAGAAUUCUUCUCAAAGAAAGCGGCUAGAAUGGGAAGAUUUAAAAGAGGAGGAGUUCCUGAUAUAUUAGCUGCGGCACGAAGUGUUUUAACCGAUUGGAAUUCUGGAAAAAUAAGAUAUUAUACAGUUCCACCUGAAGAACCAGUUUGUCAGUUAUCGGCUGAAAUUGUCACUCAAAUGGCAAAAGAAUUUGACAUCAAUAGUAUUGCCGAAGAGGAGAAAAUGUUGUUGGAUGGUUUUGAAACUGACGCAGCGAAGACAGGAGCUGUAAAUUUAAUUAUCGAUAGUUCCGGUCCUGUUGAAGCAUCAAUGGAAGUUGAUGAAAAAAAAGAAACGAAAGUAAUAAUGCCGCCGAAAAAAGUGAAAAAAGAUGUAAAAGCAAUUCAAAAAAAGAAUACAACGCAAAAAAAGAAGAAAACCGAUCCUCUAUUUGAAAUCGAGGGAAAUCAGAAUUUGAAUAAAAUCAAAAAACUUCAGUUUAAGAAAGAAAAAAAGGAACGUGCAAGAAAGGAAAAAGAAGCCGCACAAUUAACUAAUCAACUGGAUCAAAUUUCCGUAUCCGUUAACGAUGAUUAUGAUUUUGAUACCGAUUUUAAAACACAAUAAUUAAAAAUCAAUUUUUAAAAACUUCGUGUAUAUAUAGGCCACCAUUAAAAUCGCAAAUUUAUUAAAAUAAAUUAUCAAUUUGAUUUGUAAAUAGAAUUACAAUUUUUCCAAUAAAGCAUUCUUCAAGCUUUAAAAUAA